GAUCUAACUUGAGAAUCGAAAUCCACGAUUGCACAAAUCGGGGAGAUGAACCAUAACCAAAGCAGCAGCCAGGGGCAGCAGCAAUCGAGCGAAGGCAGGCAUGACGAUGACGAUGCCUCUCUCUCUGAAUUCCUUGCCUCCCUAAUGGACUACACUCCCACCAUUCCUGACGAGCUCGUCGAGCAUUACCUUGCCAAGAGCGGCUUCCAGUGUCCCGACGUUCGAUUGAUUAGGCUGGUAGCUGUUGCCACACAAAAGUUUGUUGCUGAGGUUGCGACUGAUGCUCUACAGCAAUGCAAAACAAGACAGGCAGCAGUAGUGAAAGACAAAAGGGACAAACAGCAAAAGGAUAAGCGCCCAAUAUUGACAAUGGAAGACCUGUCAAAGGCAUUGCGUGAGUACGGUGUCAAUGUGAAGCACCAAGAAUAUUUCGCUGACAGCCCUUCAACUGGGAUGGAUCCUGCAUCAAGAGAGGAAUAAUCUAUGCUUGGAUUUUGGUUCCUUGUAGUGAGAACUGUGUGGGUAUGACAUCAUUGCUAGGUGAUUAGAUGAUGCUCAGUCACUUGUUUGAGACUGUAGAUAUUCUUUACAUGAAAUUCGUUAUGUUGCUAGUUAAAUACUGUAACUGUCGACUGUCUUACCUGUUUAUUUCAUUGUGAUGCUGAAGCCAAGACCUCAGGAAAACCCUGAACAUGUUCCUGACUUCUU